UAGCGCGUCUUCGGGCUCGAAUCGAGGGCGGGAGUGCGGGCGGGAGUGUCCCCGGGCCCGCGCGCGGGGCGGCAUGACCCAGUCGGUGGUCGUCCAGGUCGGGCAGUGCGGAAACCAGAUCGGCUGCUGCUUCUGGGACCUGGCGCUGAGGGAGCACGCCGCGGUCAACCAGAAAGGAAUUUAUGACGAUGCACUAAGCAGCUUCUUCAGGAAUGUGGAUACCAGAGUGGUUGGUGAUGGCGGCAGCAUUUCCAAAGGAAGAAUAUCUUCUUUAAAAGCACGAGCUGUUUUGAUUGACAUGGAAGAAGGAGUAGUGAAUGAAAUUCUCCAAGGACCCCUGAGAGAUGUGUUUGAUAGCAAGCAGCUCAUCACAGAUAUUUCUGGCUCAGGAAAUAAUUGGGCUGUGGGUCACAGAGUGUUUGGAAGUCUUUACCGGGAACAGGUGCUGGAGAAGCUCCGGAAGUCAGCCGAGCACUGUGACUGCCUGCAGUGCUUCUUCCUCGUGCACUCCAUGGGGGGAGGAACAGGCUCUGGACUUGGCACGUUUCUGUUAAAGGUGCUUGAAGAUGAGUUCCCAGAAGUGUACAGAUUUGUGACAGCGGUUUUUCCUUCCAGCGAGGACGAUGUCAUCACCUCACCUUACAACAGCAUGCUGGCCAUGAAGGAACUGAAUGAGCACGCAGACUGUGUGCUUCCCAUUGACAACCAAUCUUUAUUUGACAUCAUUAGCAAAAUUGAUCUUGUGGUAAAUUCUGGAAAGUUGGGUACAGCUGUGAAGCCUAAGAGUCUAGUUACUUCAAAUAUGGGGGCUGUUAAAAAGCGCCACACGAAGCCUUUUGAUGCAAUGAACAACAUUGUGGCCAAUCUGCUCCUCAGCCUGACAAGCUCUGCGAGAUUUGAGGGAUCCCUUAAUAUGGACUUGAAUGAGAUCAGCAUGAACUUGGUUCCUUUCCCUCAACUUCAUUAUCUUGUCUCAAGCCUUACACCUCUGUACACACUGGCAGAUGUUAACAUUCCCCCUCGAAGGUUGGACCAGAUGUUUUCAGAUGCCUUUAGUAAAGAUCACCAACUCAUUCAAGCAGACCCCAGACAUAGCCUCUACCUCGCCUGUGCCCUCAUCGUUAGAGGAAACGUACAGAUUUCAGAUCUUCGCAGAAAUAUUGAAAGAUUAAAACCUGCUCUGCAAUUUGUCUCCUGGAAUCAAGAAGGCUGGAAGACUAGCCUGUGUUCAGUACCACCCGUGGGCCACUCCCACUCAUUAUUAGCUUUAGCAAACAACACGUGUGUGAAGCCUACUUUCAUGGAACUGAGAGAAAGGUUCAUGAGGCUCUACAAGAAAAAGGCUCACCUGCAUCACUAUCUGCACGUUGACGGGAUGGAGGAAGGUGCUUUUGCAGAUGCUCUGUCCUCUCUGUCAGCACUCAUACAGGAGUAUAAUGAACUGGAUGCCACAAAGGGCAUGCCUGUGCAGGAUGUGCCUAGGCUGAGUGUGGCAUUGUGAAAGAAGCAGCUAAAAAUGCAUUGUUACUUUGUUCUGA